GGAUUCUUAUAAUAUUCAACUUCAUUUUCAUAUCUAUCUAUAAUGUCUGCGGUUAUUUAUUAUGCCAUAUGAAAUGCAAAUAGUGUCAAUCUUAAUAUCCCUCAAUAUUCAUCUGAUAAUCUCGACCUUGGCGGCUCUCUCAACUACAAGCUUGUCACAAUCGAAUCGCGACGCUGAGAAUUGAAUUUCCACACGACCUUUAACGAAAAUCACGAAUACAACUAUCGUUAGCAUUAUACAUCAAGGCUUGCCAUUGCAACUCAAGCUUUCUAUCAAAGCUUUUACGAACCAAAGCAGCCAUCCAAUACCUCGCACAACACACCUCACCGCGCAUCCACAAUGUCUUUAGAACCACCCCUCGACCCUUACAAACCCUCCUUAUUCGAACUCCUGUCCUCAACUCAACUAUCAUCUCUACUCCCUCCAUCGCUGCACUACCUCCUAACUGUCGCCACUCAUCGGCAUCCACGCCAUCUCCUUCCAAUCCUCAAUUCUUUCCACGAACUCCACGCCCUUCUUUUCCUAGCAAUCGAACACCACUACCUGACAACCUAUUCCUCUUCCUUCGUCGAGAACUUCUAUUCUCUAAAACGUGAACGAGCCUUACCCCCCGCUAUAGGGUCCUUAAGAUUGACUGCCGAAGGCGCCAACGCCAGUCUACGAGAAGCAACAAAACUUACAACCAAAGAUGUAUGGAAAAAUCUCGCUGUCUUGGUCGGGAUCCCCUAUCUCAAACGCCGCCUCGAUGAAUCUGCAGAGAUAAACGCCCCCCGCGCUCUCCUCGGCGCAAACUAUACUCGAAUGCCACCAAAUCCUACACUCCGCCAACGAUUCCUCCAUUACUAUCGUUGGUUUCUUACUAAUGUAUAUCCCAGCGUCAACGCUGCGUAUUAUUUCAGCAUCUUGGCCUUCAACCUACGCUACCUGUUUUCCAACUCAAAAUCCGGUUCGGGAGUUUAUUCCGACCCUUUCCUCUGGCUGAUAGGUACCCGCAUACGACGGUUAAGUCAAGCAGAUUUCCAAGCAUUUGAAGCCCUUGCAAAUGCCCCUUCAUCUACGACACCAGGAGGUAACCUGGGAAUAAGAAGCUUAUUGGAUCCAAGAUUGGCCAUGGGAAGAUUAGGGGCUGGAUUGAAGCUAUUGCUGCCAACGAGUAUUUUUGCGCUCAAGUUUUUGGAAUGGUGGCAUGCGAGUGAUUUUGCGAGACAAUUGUCGAGGAAGGCGACGGAGGGGUUGGAGCUACCACCGCCUAUAAUUUCGUAUACACCUUCUGCUACUACUCCCUCCAAGCCAGCAUCCUCAUCAAAGCCGGAAACCGCAUCUCCAACUUCCCCAGAAGAUAAAUCCUCAGAAGAGCCCACCAAUCCACCCAUCUCGACUCUCACCCACCUCCCAAUCUACGUUAUUCCUGCACCUUCUUCCUCAAGCACCGAAUCUCUAGAGAACUGUCCGAUUUGCUUACAAGAAAUCACGACCCCGACAGCUUGUCAGACCGGUUACGUAUACUGUUAUACUUGUAUCCAUCGCUGGAUCGAGGGAGUGCAUGAGCUACAAGAGACAUUUAUGAAAGGGGGCGCAGAGGUUGUAGCGAGCGGCGAGAAAGAAGACGGAGAUGGAAAAGAGAAAAAGGAAGAAUACAGGGAAACAAGAGAAGGAAAAUGGGAAAGCGGCGCCGGCAGAUGUGCGGUUAGUGGAAGGAGGGUAUUAGGCGGUGUUGGGGGAUUGAGGAGAGUUUUGGUUUAAGUCUGUAGAAAUUCGGACACACGAAAUGAGGUGAUAUACAGCCCUCAAAUUUCCAAAUUCCGAGAUCACACCACACCACAGCAUACUCUAUCAUUCACACCUAGUAGGAGCACAGAAAUGAAAACCCACAACCAGACGAAAUAAUGUCCCUUUUACCAAUUUUAGAAAGCGAAGCUGGAGCAUUUCAAAUCGGAGUUUGGAUAUCAUGUCAUGCCAUAUCACAUCAUUUCAUGGAAUUAAUAGAAUUUCGGCGUUGCAUUUCGAUUUCACUUUAAUCUUUACUUAGAUAUCACAUAUACAUAUAUAAUGAAACUAUCAAGUCA